AUGGCUACAGGCGGAAAAGGCAGCAGCCACUCCGGCAGUGACCGACAAAGCGACAAACAACCCGACCAAGAACCCAACCACGGGUUUGCUCUCCCAGAUGCUGACUUUGACCCCUGGAACAACCAGGCUAUCAAAGACUACUAUGCGAAGAAGCAGAAGGAGGGGGUACUGAACGACGAGGAUGGCAUCGAGGACGAUGUUGAGACGGAAGCCAGGCAAGUAGUCACAAACUGGGAGAAGGUUGUAGGCCGCGAGGCCACAGCUGAAGAACGACAGAGAAUGAUGUCUAAGAUUCGCAGAAUUCGGGGCGGAGCCUGGCUCGAAGGUUUAAAGACGAAGCUCGUUGGGGAAACGACGGUCCCUAUUGCGUACUUCAACCGUCUCGUUGCCGAGAACGAACGUUGCAUCGCAUUCGUCGCCAACAGAAUGGCCGCGGUAGCCCAAGAGCGCCAGAAGAUGGGCCAGGAAAUCGAUAAUCUUCGGGAUGCGAAUGAAAAACUGACAACUGGCGGGCUCAAACAAUGUGAGGAUGAGAAAGCCGAACUCACAGACAAAGCCGCUAAACUUGCAGAUGACAACUCCAAGCUUCAAGAGCAGAUCGACAGCCUGCGUGAAAAGCUCGAGAAAGAAGGUAAGCAGCCCCCUGUCGAUGAUAAAUGCAAGGAGAGAAUCGAAAGAUUGGAAUCUGAACUCCGAGCAGUUCACCGCCAACGUCAAAUAGGAGAGGAGAUGAACGAAAGCCUCGAGCGACAAUUAAAGGAGUCGCGAAAGAGAGAGAACGCGGUCAGAAAUGAGAUGAGAGAUCAGGACCGUGAGAUAAGGGGAUUGCAUGAAACACUCGAUGAACUAACCAUGAAGAACAAUCGCCUCGAACGUGAGGCAAAACGCGACAACAAAGACGAUUCGGCCAAAGACUCCGAAAAGGAACUACGAGACAAGUUGGCCGGGCUUGAAGCCAACCUGAGCGAACAGGAGGAAGCAAACCAGGGGCUGAUCGACGAGAACGAUGGCCUUGUUCGUAGGAUCCACGUUCUCCGCGAUCAGGUGGAAGCCAAACCAACCGCUACAGGUUCCGGCGCGCCCAGCAAAACCUUCGACACCGCGAAGAUUGUCAAGGAGCUCAUGGAAGCGAAGGAGCAGGACCGGGCCGUAAACAGGGAGGUCGAGAGGGUGCUCAGCAGCUGGAUGUCCAACGUCGCGGAGGCGAACCACCUGCGCGAGUACCACAACGCGGUGCAGGAAUACAAAAACGGCACGAAAGACCUGCAGAACCGCGUGCUGGCGCUGUACGAGCAGCUGGGCCACGAGGCCGAGGAGGACGUGACGGCGGACCAGGCGCUCGCGAACCUGUCGGAGCAGCUGCAGAAGCAGCCGCAGAGCCCGAUGGAGCACAAGCUGUGGACGCUGAAGCUGCUGCAGGACCUGGCGAUCGAGAGCAACAAGCUGCGCGCGGAGCGGCUGCGCGCGCAGACGCUGCACAUGCGGCUCGAGGACGGCAAGACGGCCGAGCAGCGGAGGCAGGAGACGCAGAUGGCCUACAGGAUCUUCGACGAGGAGGAGCUGGACCGCCGCGUCGAGGAGCGCACGCAGAUGUACCGCGAGCACCGCGGCGAGAUCCUCGACAACAUCUUCGACGCGGCGAACGCGCUCCAGUCGGCUUCGAGAGGCUGCCCCGACGCCGGCACGAGGGAGAUGAUCGAUUUGGCUGUCCUCGCUUACUUGUCUCCGGCUAGUUUGCCAAAGCCGAAGGUCCCGUCGCCCCGUCGUUAA